UCUUUUAUGGGAUGACUUUUAUUAUCCAAGUUGUCUAUUUACGUGGGUGAAUCAAGUACAACAAGUCAGGUCAGAGCUUGUGGUAGAAGAUUGGGCUCUGCUACGCAGAUCCACUCAACUAGGAAAGAAGUACGCAUUGCUGACUGACUGUUUGAACGAUCCUAGUUACUAGUAGCUAAUCAAGUCAGAGUAGGGUGGCCGAGAAGCUUCUUGCCGGUGCCCCCAAAAGCAAAGCACAGACUCUACUCACCCACGCGUUUUCCACCUACGGAGGGAGAAAUCAUCGAAAUAUCCUCAUCCCCUGAAAGGGAACCCGAAAACAGGACGAGAGUGGAUAGGGUGACUAAGGAGGCCGUAAAAAUUAGUAGUGCAUUUUUGAAAGAUAAGAUUACAAAAAGGCGAGAGCAGCAUAAUUGUUAGUUAGGGGUAAGAGGGGACGGGCCCGUAUAGAAAGUCAAUCCUUCUUUUUCCGAUAUGCCGCUCCGCAAGCAAGGAGUGCCACGCACGAGCGGAGCGAAAACUAAGCAAGGGGAAUUCCGUCAUUCCAUGGAAAGCAUGCGAAAUCCUUUGAUUGUUUAUAGAAUCAAAAUAACUAUAUAGUCUUUCUUGUUCCACUUGCAAGGCAAGGAAAAUAAAAUGUCAGUUUCGUUAUUAAGACCUUAUUUUUUUAUGUCCAAGACAAAAAGCUACGCGCAAAUUCUCAUUGGAUCUCGGUUGUUCUUAACAGCGAUGGCUAUUCAUUUAAGUCUUCGGGUAGCACCACCAGAUCUUCAACAAGGUGGAAAUUCUCGUAUUUCGUAUGUACAUGUUCCUGCGGCUCGGAUGAGUAUAGUUAUUUAUAUCGCGACAGCUAUAAACAGUUCCUUGUUCCCAUUAACAAAACAUCCCCUUUUUCUUCGCUCUUCCGGAACCGGUACAGAAAUUGGUGCUUUUUCUACUUUGUUUACGUUAGUGACUGGGGGGUUUCGGGGAAGGCCUAUGUGGGGUACCUUUCGGGUGUGGGAUGCUCGUUUAACUUCUGUAUUCAUCUUGUUCCUUAUUUACCUGGGUGCACUGCGUUUUCAAAAGCUUCCUGUCGAACCGGCUCCUAUUUCAAUCCGUGCUGGACCGAUCGAUAUACCAAUAAUAAAGUCUCCAGUCAACUGGUGGAAUACAUCGCAUCAACCUGGGAGCAUUAGCCGAUCUGGUACAUCAAUACAUGUUCCUAUGCCCAUUCCAAUCUUGUCUAACUUUGCUAACUUCCCCUUCUCUACCCGUAUCUUGUUCGUUCUGGAAACACGUCUUCCUAUUCCAUCUUUUCCCGAAUCUCCCUUAACGGAAGAAAUAGAAGCUCGAGAAGGAAUACCACUAAAAACCUAGUUCGCUCUCAAAUAAAAACCUAG